UUUCGGACAGAAAAGUUUGUAUUGCAGUUGCUGCCGCUACCACACGAAUCUUCAAACCAUCUGCGAGGAUCGUAG